AUGUUGGAAAGCACUAACCUCAUCUCCUGCAACUUCCUUCGUCUUCCUCCUCUUAAACCCUCCAGACGAGCCCUGACCCUAAGAGAAUCAUCCCCAAACCUCGCUAUUGUACAAUCCAAAUUUCUCAAAUCCGAUCAAAUUCUCCAUCGCAAUAACAGGCGUUUCCCGAAAUGCGAGAAGAAGGGUUUCUUCCAUGUGUGCAAAAGCUCACUAAACAAGCCAGAUCCAGAGAAAACUACUGAAUUUUCUCAAGAUGAAGGAAGAGACUGGAGUAGCUCGGUAUUGCUUUUCGCGCUUUGGGGUGCGCUUCUCUACUAUUGCUUCAAUCUUGCUCCUGAUCAAACACCGACACAAGACUUGUACUUUUUGAAAAAGCUACUGAAUUUGAAAGGUGACGAUGGUUUUAGAAUGAACCAGAUCCUUGUUGGGUUGUGGUACAUCAUGGGUUUAUGGCCUUUGGUGUACGGUAUGCUCUUGCUUCCCACAGGUCGAAGUAAAACCCCGGCCUGGCCUUUCGUCGUGCUUUCGUUUUUUGGUGGUGUCUACGCUUUGCUGCCUUAUUUUGCUCUGUGGAAUCCUCCUUCUCCUCCUGUUUCAGAGUCUGAACUCAGACAAUGGCCUUUGAAUAUUCUGGAAUCAAAAGUAACUGCCGGGGCAACUCUUCUUGCAGGACUGGGCAUAAUUCUUUAUGCAGUAGUUGGUAAUGCCGGUGACUGGAAAGAGUUCUAUCAGUACUUUCGAGAGAGCAAAUUCAUUCAUGUCACGAGUCUUGAUUUCUGUUUACUGUCUGCAUUUGCUCCGUUUUGGGUUUACAAUGACAUGACCACCCGAAAAUGGUUUGAUAAAGGCCGUUGGCUUUUACCGGUAUCAGUGGUGCCAUUCUUGGGACCUUCUUUGUAUCUUCUCCUACGACCUGCAUUGUCAGAGACAGCAGCUCCCGCAGAUCCUGUGUCAUCUGACCCAAGUCAAUAG